AGCAUCGUCCCGGCCGCCCCCCAGUAUGAGCCCCGCCCCGCCCCGCGGGGGGACAGCUCUGCCUAUUUUGGGGUGAGGACACCCCGAAACAAGCCCCGGCCUUGCAGGACAAGGUGACCGAAGGACCCCAGCGGGAGCGGGGGGGCACCGGAGCAUCAUGGCACACCCCAUCUCAGCCUUCCAGGCUGCCUACAUCUCCAUCGAAGUGCUCAUCGCCUUGGUGUCCGUGCCGGGCAAUAUCCUGGUCAUCUGGGCUGUGAAGAUGAACCAGGCACUGCGAGAUGCCACUUUCUGCUUCAUCGUGUCGCUGGCGGUGGCCGACGUGGCCGUGGGGGCUCUGGUGAUCCCGCUGGCCAUCAUCAUCAACAUCGGCCCGCAGACGGAGUUUUACAGCUGCCUCAUGGUGGCGUGUCCCGUCCUCAUCCUCACCGAGAGCUCCAUCCUGGCGCUCCUGGCCAUCGCCGUGGAUCGCUACCUGCGGGUGAAGAUCCCUGUCAGGUACAAGAGCGUGGUGACGCCCCGGCGGGCGGCCGUGGCCAUCGCCUGCUGCUGGAUCGUGUCCCUGCUGGUGGGACUCACCCCCAUGUUCGGCUGGAACAACCUGAACAAGAUGAGGAGGACUCAGGAGCCCAACGCCAGCCAGGAGUUCGUCAUCACGUGCCAGUUCGAGACAGUGAUCAGCAUGGAGUACAUGGUGUACUUCAACUUCUUCGUGUGGGUCCUGCCCCCCCUGCUGCUCAUGCUGCUCAUCUACCUGGAGGUCUUCAACCUCAUCCGCAAGCAGCUCAACAAGAAGGUCUCGUCCAGCUCCAACGACCCCCAGAAGUACUACGGGAAGGAGCUGAAAAUCGCCAAGUCCCUGGCGCUGGUCCUGUUCCUCUUCGCCCUCAGCUGGCUCCCCCUGCACGUCCUCAACUGCAUCACCCUGUUCUGCCCGUCCUGCGAGACCCCCCACAUCCUCACCUACAUCGCCAUCUUCCUCACCCACGGCAACUCGGCCAUGAACCCCAUCGUCUACGCCUUCCGCAUCAAGAAGUUCCGGACAGCCUUCCUGCAGAUCUGGAACCAGUACUUCUGCUGCAAAACCGCCAAGAACGCCACCGGCAGCACCACCACGGCCGAGCCGGCCAAUUAGGGCCGGGGGGAGGGCAGGGAGGGGGAUCUGUGC